AAAUGUUCACAUUUUCAAUCAUUCCAUGUCCUUACGCUACGUGAUUUCGAGACUUUUGCAUCAACAAAGUUAUUGUACAAGCAGUGAAGAAUUUAAUCUUGUGAAAUUGUUUGCCCAGCGGAAAGGGUUUAGCGAUCCCGCUAAAACGACGUCAACUGUAACCUUGUCCGAGCGGUAUUUGUGAUGAAGACUCGCACAGAGGAUGUUUUGAAAAUGGAAAAUUUGCCUCCGCUACAAUUCGUCGGUGUGGAAUUUGAGAAAAAUUAUUUUGCUUCGGGAAAGUCCAGCGCUGCCACAUCCUGACGGGAUCAAACAUUGUACAGUGGAGUUUGGCUGAUAUAACGCUAGGCAGGAGCUAGCUUCUAACAAAAGAGAUUGGUUCGCAGAAGUAAGAGUAUGCUGAAUGGUAGCAGCGACCAUUUUUGCAGACAGAUCACAGCUACUAUUUGAGAAGGCAUAGAAAAAGAAGAAACCCCAAGGUGUCACUGCUGCGUAACACUAUUUUGUGUGUGAAUUAUUUCAUUUAGAGGAUUAUUAGUUUGCGGAUUUUUUGUGUUUUCGCUGGGAUUUAUCGGAAGGAAAACUUAUGCUCGCAAUGGAAUAUUCUAGCAACGAUGUGAAACAACUGUUUAGGUCAGUUUAUACGCUGGUGAAACAACAGGAUGAGCGCAAAGCCACGCUCACUGUGUCCGCUGUGCUGGCCAACGACUUCCUCGAGGAGCACCGGCAGCUGGUGGGCCGCUGCGUAACGUUGAUUUUUGAAGAUUUCGAAACGGUGGGACGGAAAGCGCGUGAAAUUCUUUGGCGCAAAGGUUAUUACGAUCUGAUUGCAAUCUUCAAGAAACAUCACCAACAGCUGCAGCAGCAGAGGAAACAAAUGGUCACCGAUGCGAGACUGGACGAGAAAGAACAGAUGCUUAAAAAAGGUGCCGAAAGGCUGCUACUGGAUGGAAUGAAUCAUUUGAAAGUGAUCGUUUUGCGUUUUGCGCAGAUAUUCAAUCUGGAUAACUUGCGCUAUCUGGUUAGCUAUGGACUGUUGGAGAACUAUGACGAUGAACUGCUGGUACGUGAGUCUAGCUGCUAUGAAAAUUUACACCUGAAGGACAAGCGAAGUGAUGACGAGAAAAAGGUUAUCUAUACGAAGCAGGAAAUUUCCUUUGCUCUGGAAUCGAUUCAUUCGCUAUUGACGGCAUUGGGGGACCUGCACCGAUACUACUGUGAAUUUGGACUAUCCGGAGUGGAAAAUGUGAGGGAACUCACGGCUGGCUAUUACUGGGAGGCCUUCAAGCUGAAUACGAAGAUUGGAAUCACGCAGAAUCAGCUGGGAAUGUUGUACAAUGGGCAUAACUACAAUUUGGAUUCUGUGUAUCACUAUCUGUACUCAUUGUGCACCUCAGUUCCGUUUGAGUGCAGCGAAUUGAAUGUAAAUAAGAUUUUCCAGAAAAACAUUCGGUAUUUGGAAACCAAUGGCGGAGAGGAUGUUGAGGAGGAAGACUAUGCCGUUCGUGAGUUUAUGGCAAAGUUUUUACUAGUGGUUGACGUGUUCUUCUACGACAAGACGGUUACUGAUUUCACCAAUUUAUGCCACUCGGUGUUAUUCGAUUUUAAGAAUGUGUUGGGAGCACGAAAGCUAGUGGAUGAUGAAUACUAUAUUACGGAUGAUAUAAUAUUCAAAAUUGUAUCGGUAUUGUUUUUCUGCAUGUACAAGAUAAAGCUGAACAGCUCAAACAAAAUAUACAGUUUGAACGCAUUUCUCGUUGCAUUAUGCUCUGAGUUGUUGGAGUAUUGUACAAUGGCAGCGGAGAAGUACAUGGUGGAGAACGUACGAGAGGACAAAAGAUUCAGGGAACAGUACAUGGCUAUGUACCAAAAGUAUGACGAGAAUGUUCGCAAGUCACGCCAAUCAGUGAAGGAGGGUUCGCCCGUGUUAGCUAAGGAUCAAAGAUCGUCUUCCGGUGUGGAAGAUGGCAACGGGAGCGAGGAUCAUUCUAACAAGGAAAACGAGGAUGGCGACAAGAAAAGUCAGACAAGUUCGAAGCAUAUCAAUCAAAAGAAAAAGUACGCUCGUAGACGCCGUCGAGCUGUGUCCGACGAGUCUGAGUCGGAUCUCUCGGACGCGGAAGAUGAUAGCGAUUUUCAGAUGGAUUCUGAAUCUGAAGAUGAAGACGCUGUGAGCUCUGUCUGUAGCUUCGAAUCGUACGACGAUUUCUCCGAUGAAGAUGAAGAAGAGAUACAGCAGAAUGAUUCCCGCAACGAGGCCAAUGGAGUCGACGAUGAUAAAUCUUUUUCUAUUGGUGCACAUAGAAACGGAGCGAUCGAUAAAGCAACAGAUGAGAAUUUGAAUGAUCAACCAGCGCAGUUGAAAUUCAAAAAACGUUACCAUAAGCUGAAUCCAAACAUCAUUAUCGAGUUUGCCGAGCAAGAACGCACAAUGCGUUCGCUCAAACUCCUGUUCGAUUGGCUUCAUGAUAAUAUCGACAUUCUGGUCGGAUGCUACCAAUCGAAUCCCGAGUUUCUGCACAAUAUUAUGAAACUCUUGAACCACUACAAUAUAGAUAUUUUCUCGAAUCGUUAUUACUUCCCGCGUCAGCUGAUCACAGUACAGGGUGUCCGGGAAGAUUUCCGCUCGUUGUUUGAGGCACGAAGGACGAUCCCUCUGGAGGAAGACAUCGCUAUGAAGCGCUUCCCUUUAUUCGACAGUGCCCAGGAAGGACUGGAUUGGGAGACCAACUAUCGUUUGGAAAUUUCCGGCUCGGAGCACAGUUUCCUUCGCGUCAUGAAAAUGGUUGAUUUCGGAUUCUUUCUGUGCAAAUCGAAGAAGUUCGAGUAUGCCUACUGUCCGAAAGCACGAGACUUCGGCUUGAAAAGUAAGAAGCAACACAAACAGGGACAGCGUAAGAAUGAAGACCAGUUGAAACUCAACUCAACUAAAGGUACGAAUCGUCGCACCACCCGCAAACGUGAACAACGGGAAGAGAGACGCCGCAUCCGUAAGCAGUACGAAGAACUCGAGCUGCGUGGAGAGACGAGAUCAAGGCACAACAGAGAUCGCAAACGGCAGCAACAUGAGAAUCGCUCGGUGCCCUCUAUUGAGGGGCACAAAUCCAGCCAGGAAGGAGAGUUCAAAUCUACCCCGAUGAUAAUCGCGAAGAAAGGUUACUUGAAGAACAAAGCCAACGGAGCAGGUUUGCUGCAGAGGAACACUGAGGGUUCAAGGAAAAAUAACGAUUUCGAUGAGGCAGCAGAUGAAACGCACCAAGAGAAGAACAUCAACGAGUUGAUGGGACAGUUGUGGUUAAGAAAUGAGGUGAAAACUCUUGAGUCCAAGGUCAGACGGGUUGUCAACAUUACGCUGACUCCAUAUUUAAUGCUGGACUCGAAAUGCUUAACCGAGUAUACAUCCAUCGUGAAAAACUUGGUGAAGACCAAGAAGUUUGUCAUCUUGAUUCCCACAGCAGUUCUCUCAGAUUUGGACGAAUUGAAGAAGCACAGCGACGGCGCACGCAACGCAAUUAAGUGGCUCGAAUUUGAGUUCAGCAAGGGCAAUCGAUUCCUUCGUUCCCAGAAAAAUCACGAGAUGCUCCCGAUGCCGCUGAUUAGAAUUCCUAAGAAGAUGGAUCGUGGCACUUCAGUGUUCCACCAGAUCGUACAAUUCUGCAAUCACAUCGUCUCGAAUCAUGCCGAUAAGGAUUGUACGGAUAUCAUCACCUAUUUGCACGGUGACUCGCUGCAGGACAAGAAACUUCACAACUCCAGCUUUAUCGGCAUCUUGGAGGCCAUCCCGGUCAAGUUCGAACACAUCGUAACAUUCUACUCCAGCUACAAAAGGAAAUGAGCUACAAUCUGGUAACUGAACUAUCUCGAAUUGCGCGGUAACAAACCUACCAGGAACACCGUUUCUGAAACAUUCUUGGCUGCCGUCGCGAGAUGCGGUCGCGAUCGGGAAAAAGGCAACGGGAAACAUGUAAGAGAUUCGGUGGUUGCUUUUUUAUAAGAUAGAUGAAAUCAAUUACAGCAGCAGCAGCAUCAGCAGAAGCGAGCAGCGUAACACAGAGAUAAAUUUCUUCAAAAAAAAAAAAAGACCGCAAGAACAGCGUAAUCCUUCCAUUCGACAUGUCAACAUUUGCCUGAAAAUGAAUCCCCUUUCGGCGGAAUGGAAUUUUAUCGCAGCUAACUUGUAUGGAAGGAAGACUGAAGCGCGCUAGACAUUCUUUUUCUGCCGAGAUCCACAGGGGGAGGGAGGAAUAUCAUAUUGUAGGUCGAUGUCUCUGACGUAAUCUAUCCAGGAAUCCAUCAUCUGAUCAGAACAAAAAAAAUAAUUUCACAUCAACAAAAAUUGAGAGCUGAUUACCCAAGUCCCAUUGGCUUUGUUGCAACGGAGAAAAGCAGUCGGUUUAAAUUAAAAUGCAGAAAAUCUAUGUUAGGCAACAGUUAUUGGUUAUAACAAAUCAUAAAUUAUCUUAGAAAUAACCAUAUUUGAUUAUAACAACAAUGAUGAUUUAUGUUGUGAGUUUCGGUCGAUUUCAACCUUUUUUUCUCAAACAGUCCAUCAGACAGCUCUCCAAACUAUGGUAAAUUAAAAACAGAAAAUCAAAAUGAAUGAAUGCUUUUCAAGUGCAUCAAGUUAGCUAAUUAUAAUAACGCAUCGGUAUCAUACCUUGAACACCCAUCACAUUUUAAUUUUCCUAUAUACAUUACCAUUGCAGAUAUAACGAUAAAGGAAAAGAAAAAAAAAUUCUUUUGUUAAUGCUUCUUUGCUAUCAGAAAUAAACACGGAAUAAAAACGUAAA